AUGUUUGAUUUAUUACAAUCUACAGAAACAGUUUAUUACGAUGCUGAACAAGGGCAGACAUCAAAUCGUACCCUAUCACGUGACGACAAAGAACAAUUUGAUAUAUUUCAGAGUUUCGGCAAACAAACUGAUUCAUCGACUGACAUACCUGCUAAUCGUACUAGAAGCGUUAAAUUAGAAUCAUUGCCUACCAGCUCAUAUGUUGUUGAUAAUCAAAAUAGCACGGAUGGUCAACAGUUAGCAUCUCCUGGUCAACUAGUUACAUCACAUCGUCGAAAAAAAAUACUCUUAUAUGGACUUUUUUUACUCAUUCUUGUUGUUGUUAUAACUGCAGUUACUGUUACCUUGAUUUUAGUCUUAAGAAGUCAUAAAUAG